UCCGCGACGCCCACUUUCUCUCGUUCCUUCCUUCUUCUUCUUCCGCGCACGCUCCGGGCCUGGUUACCUUUUGGGUCCCGCCAUGGCUGCGCUCACCCAGAACCCGGAUUUCCAGAAGCUACGGCAGUGGCACAAAGACCAUCACGGAAGCCUCAACCUGCGAGAACUUUUCCAAGGCGACAAGGACCGCUUCAACAAGUUUAGCUUGACCCUCAACACCAACCAUGGCCAUAUUCUGUUGGAUUACUCUAAGAACCUUGUCACUGAGGAAGUGAUGAAGAUGCUGGUGAACCUGGCCAAGUCCAGAGGUGUGGAAGCUGCCCGGGAACACAUGUUCACUGGUGAGAAGAUCAAUUACACUGAGGAUCGGGCGGUGCUUCAUGUGGCCCUUCGGAAUCGGUCAAACAACCCCAUUAUGGUUGACGGCAAAGAUGUGAUGCCAGAGGUGAACAAAGUUCUGGAAAAGAUGAAAACGUUCUGCCAGCGUGUCCGGAGUGGUGAGUGGAAGGGUUACACGGGCAAGGCUAUCACUGACGUCAUCAACAUCGGCAUUGGUGGCUCUGACCUGGGCCCCCUGAUGGUGACUGAAGCCCUUAAGACAUACUCCUCAGGAGGUCCCCGUGUCUGGUUUGUCUCCAACAUUGACGGGACCCACAUUGCCAAAACGCUGGCCAACCUGAACCCUGAGACCUCCCUGUUUAUCAUUGCUUCCAAGACCUUUACCACCCAGGAGACCAUCACUAACGCAGAAACGGCAAAGGAGUGGUUUCUCUCAUCAGCCAAGGAUACCUCUACAGUGGCAAAGCACUUUGUUGCCCUGUCUACCAAUACGAGCAAAGUGAAGGACUUUGGAAUUGAUCCUCAAAACAUGUUUGAGUUCUGGGAUUGGGUAGGCGGGCGCUACUCGCUGUGGUCGGCCAUCGGCCUCUCCAUCGCCCUGCACAUAGGUUUUGAAAACUUUGAGCAGCUGCUCUCUGGGGCUCACUGGAUGGACCAGCACUUCCGCAAGACGCCCCUGGAGAAGAACGCCCCGGUCCUGCUGGCUCUGCUGGGGAUCUGGUACAUCAAUUGCUACGGGUGUGAGACACACGCCAUGCUGCCCUACGAUCAGUACCUCCACCGUUUUGCCGCCUACUUCCAGCAGGGUGACAUGGAGUCCAACGGGAAGUACAUCACCAAGUCUGGCGCCCGUGUGGACCACCAGACGGGCCCUAUCGUAUGGGGGGAACCAGGGACCAACGGCCAGCAUGCAUUCUACCAGCUCAUCCACCAAGGCACCAAGAUGAUACCCUGUGACUUCCUCAUCCCUGCCCAGACCCAGCACCCAAUACGGAAGGGCUUGCACCACAAGAUCCUCCUGGCCAACUUCUUAGCCCAGACCGAGGCCCUGAUGAAGGGGAAAUCAACAGAAGAGGCCCGGAAGGAGCUCCAGGCUGCAGGAAAGAGUUCAGAGGCCAUCGAGAAGCUACUGCCCCACAAGGUCUUUGAAGGAAAUCGCCCAACCAAUUCAAUCGUGUUCACCAGGCUCACACCAUUCAUUCUUGGGGCGUUGAUUGCUUUGUACGAGCACAAGAUCUUCGUUCAGGGUAUCAUCUGGGACAUCAACAGCUUCGACCAGUGGGGCGUGGAGCUGGGGAAGCAGCUAGCCAAGAAAAUCGAACCGGAGCUCGACAGCAACAAUCCAGUGACCUCUCACGACUCUUCCACCAACGGCCUGAUCAGCUUCAUCAAGGAGCAGCGUGAGGUCAAACUGGAAUAAAAACAGCGGCCCAGCAGCCCAGUGGAGACCACUGCACCCUCCUGUCCCUCCUCACCCUUCUGCACUGCAUGGUCCUGACCUUCUCAGCCCAGAGCGCCCUCUGGUGGUGGACUUGGACCCGUACAAGUCUGUUAGGGGCAGCUGGCCUAGAAUUGGCCAUCCUCCCAUCUGUGUCCACUCUGCCUCUUGUUUUCCAUUUGGCUGAAGUGUGUGUUUGGGUGCAGCUGAUUUUCUGACUUGCAUUCUCAUCAUUCACAUCCCAAGUAGAAUAAAGAUUCCACAAAGGAGGUGUAUGCACUUAG